AUGGCGAACGUUCGGGAUAGUGACACAUCGUUGUGGCUUCACAAUAAACUCGGAACAUCGAACGAUUCGUGGACAACUGGCUCUAUUUGUACACAAUUAAAUGCAGAAGUGUUAAAGAACAUAAAGGAUUGCUUUCCAGAUUUGCAAACACAAGUUAAACUGAAAUUAUUGUUGAGUUUCUUUCAUAUCCCGCGCAGAAAUGUUGAAGAGUGGAGAAAUGAAUUGGAGGAGAUCAUUGAAGUGGCAGCCGUGGACUCCGACUUGUGGGUGGCGAUGCUCGCCGAAGUCCUCAAGACGUUCCCAUCAGCGGGAACACUCAACACCGAGAUAGCAGAGUUUGACGAGACGAGGCCGAUAUUCAGCGACAUGAUCGGAGAACUCCGGAGAGCUCUCGCCAAACAUUCAGACUUAGGACUAUUACCUCUCGAGUGCCUAUAUUUAAACAAAAAUGCCUUAGUGUCUGUGGUCGGUCAACAACCAAACCCAGUUAAACAUUUUACAUUAAAACGAAAGCCAAAGUCGGUGGCUCUACGAAGUGAGCUGCUGGCCAAAGCCACCGAGGUGCAGGCCAACCAGAAGAAGGCACAGGCGCCAACGGUGCCGGUACGUAGCCGCGGUAUGCCCAGGAAAAUGACUGACACAACGCCCCUCAAAGGUCUACCGUCGCGUUGGGCGGCGCGGACCGGCGCGCGCGCGGCGCCCGUCCGCCCGCCGCCUCGUACGGGCAUCAAGUUGCUAGAUAUCACCGAGCAGCCUGCUACUCAUGCGCAGAUCAAGAAGAGGAGGAAGCUUGAAAUGGAGGAAGGCGCGAAAAAGGCGGCGGCGGCGGCUCCGGCCUCCCCCCCGCCCCCCGACUACACCAAGACCAAACAGGAGGAGACACCUGCUGGUGGCAGCACUGAGCCUACGGAGACGGAAACGGAAGCGGUGCCACCGGAACCGGUCGCGGCGUCGGAAGCGGAAGUUCGGUCGCCGCCGCACGCGCCGGCCGCGCCGCAAGCGCCACCGCUGCUCGUGCAACAGGGUGCCGGAACCAAGCCGUUGGUUGUUGGACAACAGAAGCUCCUCAUCGCCGGCCAGGCUGGUGGCAAACCUGUGCUGCUGUCUGCUCAGAACCUCCUCAAUACCUCUGCUGUGAUACUACAGGGUGGUGGCAAAGCGGUGCUGCUGCAGAAUAUUAAACCGAUGACGCAACAAGUGGUACAACAGACUCCGCAGAUACAACACCAACUUGCACACACGGUCCAGAUGCAGCAAGUGCAGGGUGUCCAGGGUGUGCCGAGCGUGCAGGGCGUGCAGGGCGUGCAGGGCGUGCAGAGCGUGCAGGGCGUGCAGGCGGUGCAGCAGGCGGUGCCGGCGCCGCAGCCCGCGCCGCAGACGCAGCCGCUGCUGCCGCGACGGGGGCUCUCGCUCACGCGGGAACAAAUGAUGGAGGCGCAGGACAUGUUCCGCAACGCGAACCGCGUCACCAGGCCUGAGAAGGCGCUCAUACUCGGCUUCAUGGCCGGCUCUAGAGAUAACCCAUGUCCGAACCUCGGCAACAUAGUCACAAUAAAGCUGUCAGAGAACAUUGAGAAUGUCCUGCAGUCGGACGAUACCUAUCUGACCAUGCUCUCCGAGAUGCACUUCCAAAUGAACUACAACAAUGGCCAGUGGACGAGGCUGAAGAAGUACAGGCCCAUUGACGGCAUGGUGCCCCAGAAGAUCCCACCGGGCUCCACGGUGAUAUCGGCCAACAACCAGCAACCUAUAGUGUCGAUAGCCAAUCAGAGUGUUAGUUAAAGACUAAAGUGAAGUGUGUUGUGUGGACUGUUACACGGUAAAAAGUUUUUUUGUUGGACUCAAUUUGGUGUGUUGUGCGCAGAGAGGUAGUGAUGCAUGGGGUAGUAGCAAUCCAUGCCUGCAAUCUCUGUCCGUAUGUCAACUAGAAUUAAUCUUUGAACCUUUACUCUUCUGGUGCCCCC